AAAAACAACAAACUCACGAACAAAACAGAUUUUUUUACGGGUUCUGGUGAACGUUUGCGAAUUUGUUCCUUGUUAUAAUUAAUUUACGGUAAGUUUUCGUGAAUCUUUGCGAUUAUUGUGCUCGUUUUGCGAAGGACAGUAAGUUCGCGCUUCGAAUCACGAUGGGCAACCAGCUGGUUGGUGUGGCCCCGUCGCAGAUUUUUCCCGUCGAACACUACCUUACGGGAUCGUUCGAAUCCGAUUUGCAAUAUGAAUCAGGAAUGGGAAGCACCAGAUUCCUGAAAGUUGCCCGAGCCAAAAGUGACGAAGGGCUGGUAGUGGUGAAAGUGUUCGUCAAGCAUGACCCUUCAUUGCCUCUGGAGCAACACGUCGAUAAGAUAGAGUACAUCAAAAAGAACCUAGCCAAUGCUGUGAAUUGUCUACCGUUUCAACGAGUUUUGACUACUGAACGAGCUUGUUUGAUCAUCCGAGAGUACGUGAAGCACAGUUUAUACGACCGAGUUUCCACUCGCCCAUUUUUAACACUGAUUGAGAAGAAAUGGAUCACGUUUCAAAUACUGUGCGCAAUGCAUCAAUGUCACAAGCAGAAGACCUGCCACGGGGACAUCAAACUGGAGAACAUAAUGAUCACCUCGUGGAACUGGAUUCUGCUGUCGGAUUUCGCUUCCUUUAAGCCAACCUACUUGCCGGAGGACAACCCAGCGGAUUACAGCUUCUUCUUCGAUACCAGUCGAAGGCGAACGUGUUACAUUGCUCCGGAGCGGUUUGUCAAGUCGGCUAGUGGAGAAUCCAAGCCUGACGGUCCUCUAGUUGGUGAUGGACCCUGCUAUACAGGCUAUCUGCAACCCGAAAUGGACAUAUUCUCGGCUGGAUGUGCCCUAUUGGAAUUGUGGACCGAGGGAACGGCUCCUUUUGAGUUCUCCCAAUUGCUCGCGUAUCGCCGCGGAGAAGUUGAAAUGGUCAAUAAGCACCUGGAAUGCAUCGAAAAUGAUCGACUCAAAAGUUUGCUCCAGUCGAUGUUGAGUUUGAACCCAAAGGAUCGCAAAACGGCCGAGAUCUAUCUGGAUCAGGAAAGAGGAAAACUCUUCCCGGAGUAUUUCUAUUCGUUUCUGCAGUCGUACUUGCAAAUGUUCUCAACGAUUCCAAUUGUUCCAGCAGAUGAGAAGAUAACGCGGCUUAAUUUGGAUAUAGAACAGAUCAUCAAGAUCGUUACGGGACGGGAUGAUCACGACGGUGUGGAUGAUGUCGAUUUUGCUGCGGAGGAUCCGGAUAGCUCCAAGACUCAAUCGGAUAACGAUGGGUUGAUCUUGAUAACGGCGGUAGUUACUUCCUGCAUUCGAGGUCUAAAAUUUUGCGAAUCUAAACUCGCAACUCUGGAAAUACUGCAAAAGCUUGCAGAGAACACAACAUCCGAAACCAUUCUGGAUCGUAUCCUACCGUAUAUCCUUCACCUGGCCCAGGAUGCCUCUCCUCGAGUUCGCGUCAGCGCUCUAGACACACUGACCGUUUGCCUCAGCAUGGUAAAGAACCUUUCGCGGAGCGAUGCCAACGUUUUCCCCGACUAUAUUCUACCGGCCAUCGCUCCUCUGGCAACCGACUACUCCACCAUGGUUCGCGUAGCUUACGCCAAGAACAUUGCGUCUCUUGCAGAGACGGCCGUAGGGUUCCUUGAACAGUCCCAGUUCAGUUGCAGUUCCGAGAACCAUCCGGCGCCGCACUAUGAAACGGAGCUCAGUGCUCUGCAUGAAAUGCUUCACCAAUCGGUACUGUCGUUGCUCACCGACUCCCAGCCCAUCGUUAAGCAAAUGCUAAUGGAGUCAGGUAUCACUAAACUUUGCGUAUUCUUCGGUAGGCAAAAAGCGAACGACGUCAUCCUGUCACACAUGAUAACGUUCCUCAACGACAAGGAGGACAAGAGUCUACGGGGAUCAUUCUUCGACUGCAUCAUUGGAGUGGCCGCCUUUGUUGGUUGGCAUUGUUCUCCAAUGCUAAUUCCUCUGCUGCAGCAAGGUUUAACCGAUCCGGAAGAGUUCGUCAUAGCCAAAGCGAUCCGGGCGACCACUUCGUUGAUUGAACUUGGUCUGAUUCAGAAAUCGGGCAUCAUCGAGUUCAUAGCCGAGUGCGCAUGUUAUCUAAACCAUCCGAAUCUUUGGAUCCGACACGAAAUUGUGGGGUUGAUUUCUACGUCGGCCAGAGUGUUGAACGCGCUGGAUGUGCAGUGUAAGAUCAUGCCGUCCAUUGCGAAUCAUCUGAAGAGUCCGCUGAUUCAGGUGGAGAAACCGGAAUUGCUGAUGGACAGUUUGCUGGCGCCAAUCCCACGAAGCAUCUACGAUGCUGUGGUGAAGUGUCAGGAUAUCAACCGGCUGAUUGAGGUGCUGAGAGAGCGACGGGUCGCUCGAAGCAGAUGUGGUGACGGCUUUAUUCCGCAGUACGGAGAGACGACUACGCAGAUGAAGAAUUUAUUCCGACGCCUCUCAACCGAGGGCCUUACCGAUCUAAUCGAGUCUCAACUACUUUCAAUGAGCGCGCAUCUAAUAAAACUUCACCGUUACAAAUUGGCGGACACACGCUUACCACACAACAACGGACGAAUAUCGCUCGACCUCAAGCCAGACUUGGUACGAGAAGUGCAACUCUGCGAUCGCAUCAAAAACGAGCAGUCCACCAAACACAAACAGCGCAAAAGCGAGUCAGAAGUCACUCAAGAGUGGCAGCACAUGUUCACGGCAAUUGAUUCACAUUCCCCAUCUCCGACGUCGCCCUCUAAUGAUUCGGUCGCGUCGGUGCUGACAGUGGCCAAUUUGGCACCGCCACCGCAACCGACCCCCACUUCCAGUCUGGUGGAGUACAGCAUGCCCGAGCGGACUGCCAUGCAAGAACGAUCCGCCAAGUGCAGAUUAGAGUUUGAAGGUCUUGUGAGUAAGCUGAAGACAAGGUACUCAUCGUACGCAUUAAACAGAGAUCUGAGAGACCCAGCUACCAAUGCGCAUCCGCUACCCUCUGGUUGGAAAAUGAACGGAACAAUCAUCGCUCACUUGCAUGAACACAAGGCAGCAGUGAGCAGAAUGACUACACUGAAACCGUACGGUUCGCUGUUUGCUACUGCUUCGAUUGAUUCCACGGUACGUCUCUGGGACUGUAACAAACUCGAUGGGCAGCAAUCGAUCAAUCGAUCCAGACAGUCUUACCAGGCAAACACUCCACUUCAUGCCAUUGCAGCAUGUGACGCUGGCCAAUCGUUGGCCAUUGCUGGCAAAGAUGGCGCUCUGCUUCUGUUGAAAAUCGACACAAACUCCAGCAAGAUGGCUCUUCAGCAAGCCCGCCAUCUAGAUUCCAGCACUCGGGUUGAUCGCAUCGGCGGAGAACCGCAAGAUGAUGGUCCAGUUGUCGAGAUGCAGCCCCUGGAUCAGGGGGCACAAAGUGUGAUAGUUUAUGCUACGUUGUAUGGGGCACUGGUGGGGUGGGAUAUUCGCAUGCCCGGCUAUGCUUGGCGAUUGGAAAGUGAUCUGAGAAAAGGUGUUAUAACUACGUUCUGCGUAGAUCCGACCAGUUCUUGGCUAACGGUUGGCACCAGUAGUGGUCGUCACAUUUGCUGGGACUUGCGCUUUAGACUGCCGAUAGCAGAGAUCAGACAUCCGCACGAUUCCAGAAUACGACGAGUGUCACAUCAUCCUACCGAACCUUCCUGGCUGGUAUCGGCCUCGCAAGGGAAUAACGAGGUCUACGUGUGGAACAUCGAAACGGGCCAUCGACAGCAAGCUUUCUGGGCUAGUCCCAAUCCCCCGCUCACGAGUCCAAAUGCAUCUUCACCUUCCGUGUGUGCUCUUCUUCCUGGCGUAGUUGAUGGCAACGGGUUUAUACUUACUGGAGGAACUGAUCAACGGAUUCGUUACUGGGACUCGGUGAACGCGAACAACUGUUCACUUGUCGUUCCUGCGCCUAGGGAUUACCUGUCUACAUCGAAUAUUUCUUACAACGCCCAGUUGAUCGAUGGAACGCGAGUAUUCCAAGAGAUCCAUUGUAACAGCGGAGGACCCCCGGAUCGUAAUUCGCGCGCUGGUUCGGAAGACGUGGCGCGGUCGGGACCGGAAAUGCCGCCUCCUGGACAUCACGACGCAAUCAGUGAUAUGUUAAUGUGUCGAACUUCGAAGCAGACAUUUGUGGUGUCCAGUAGCAGGGAUGGCGUUGUCAAACUAUGGAAGUAAGUGAUAUCGUCUAUAAAAUAUAUGUAUCGAACAUUAUGAGAUUGACAUAAUAUAUAUUGGCUCGUUCUGAAUAUUAUCCAAGUAUUAACACAUUCACUGAUCCGAAACGCAGCACUAUGGGCUUAAAAGUACUUAUUAUGUCACAUUCAUUAUGUCUCUCAUUGAAGAACUUAAGUAAUUGCACGUCUUUUGUUCACUCCGAUCCA